AUGCAUAUUGUGGACUCAAAGUGCUUUUUAUAGGAUUUAUAAAAUUCCAAUCAGAGUCUCAGUGAUAAAAGAGAACGAUCAGCUGAUCAGCUCAGUGCCGUUGCCAGUGGUGGUAAACGUUACGAUUUGUCGCGCUGCUGAUUAACGUGCUAGAAACAUGUGAAACAACAAGAAUAUAAUUUAAUUCUAAAUAUGUCUAACUUGAACUUCUAUGAACUGCUUAAUGCGAACGCAACGGCAACAUUUGAAGAGCUUAAGCGCAAUUAUAAGCAAUUAAUACUACAAUGUCAUCCCGAUAAAUUACAACAACAACAAACUGUAGCUGUAACUGUAACCGCGAACGAGAGCGACCCCAAUCGAGAGAGCGACAAUAAUUUCAAUGCGAUAAACGAAGCCUGGAAUACGCUUAAAGAUCCCAUAAAGCGUAAACACUAUGAUGCCGAAUUAUUGCAGUCGAAGUUUGAAAAACACAACAAUAUCUAUGCCAGCGUAACGCUAAGCGACAUGCACAGAACUCGCGUCGAAAUGGCUGAAGACGACGAAGAGGGGGAGAGUGAGAAUGAGAAUGAAAUCGAGACAGACAAAGAGUCGGCAACAACAACAGCACCAGCAGCAGCAGCAAAGUGGAGCUCGGCCUAUGCGUAUGAUUGUCGCUGCGGCGGACAAUACGUGCUGCUGGACGAUGAGUCACAAAGAGAGCAGCAGCCGAGGGCAAGUGAAAUGAUUGUCGAGUGCAGCGAAUGUUCUCUAGUGAUAAUUGUGAAACCAGACGCAAAUAUAUCAUAAAACUGUAAUACCCACAUAUGUAUGUAUGUAUGUAUAU